AUGCAUAUUAAGUCACUUUAUUACUUACUGUUAACAUUACAAGCGGUGUCCCAUGCAGUUGACCCUGCUGUGGGAGCGGUAGACACAGAUACCACAGCAGUAGUUGCUAAUACAGAUGCAACCACCACACCUGCAGCGGCAGCGGCAGCAGCAACGACGGAUACAACUACCACACCUGCAGCGGCAGCGGCAGCAGCAACAACAGAUACAACUACUACACCUGUAGCGGCAGCGGCAGCAGCAACAACAGAUACAACUACUACACCUGCAGCGGCAGCGGCAGCGGCAACAACAGAUACAACUACUACACCUGUAGCGGCAGCGGCAGCAGCAACAACAGAUACAACUACUACACCUGCAGCGGCAGCGGCAGCGGCAACGACGGAUACAACCACCACACCUGCAGCGGCAGCAGCAACAACAGAUACAACUACUACACCUGCAGCGGCAGCGGCAGCAGCAACAACAGAUACAACAGGCACGACGGGUACAAGUUCUCUCAGUAGUGAAUCGUCUUCAAGUUCUUCCAGCCAAGCAUCUACAAGUGCAGAAGCCAUCGAUCCAAAGAAAGUGUCUGAUUCUGUUGUUGGAACGUGGUCUUCGAAAUCAAACACAGUCUUCACAGGGCCGGAAUUUUAUGACCCUAUCGAUGAGCUAUUGAUUGAGCCUGCGCUACCGGGAAUUUCCUAUUCGUUCACAGAAGACGGAUAUUGGGAGGAAGCCAUUUACCAAGUUUCUGCGAACCCAAAGAAUCAUUCUUGUGCAACUGCAAUUUUGAUGUUCCAGCAUGGCACAUACGAGAAGACUGACAACGGUAGUUUGGUGUUAACUCCUUUCAAAGAUGACGGUAGGCAACUAUUAAGUCAGCCAUGUUCAGAUGAUGGCAUAUCGUUAUACUCGAGAUACUACCAGCCAGAGAAAUUCAAGGCGUAUCAAGUCUAUGUCGAUCCAUUCCAUGGAAAAUGGAGAAUUGAUUUGAUCAAGUCCAAUGGUGAAUACAUGCAGCCAUUAUACCAAGUGUACAAUCCUCCUCAAAUGCUACCAACUAUAACAUUGAACCCAACUUCGGGUAGCAAAGAAACAGAGGUGUCAAACAAAGUCAAGAGAGAAUUGGGAUUGGAGUUGGGAUUAUCAGAUCGAAUUAAACGCUCUUUGGAAAACAGGUAUAAGACAAAUGCGAUUCGUAAGGAUAGCAUCAACUAUUCGUUAUGGUGGUGGACCAGUGCUUCUAUGAUGGUCCUUGGUGGUGUUAUUUUCAUUUUUGCUUAA